AUGGCGGCAGAGGCUUCGACGGCUCCGCCCGCCUUGUCUUCCUACGGGCAGGUCGGGUGUAAGAGUCGGUAUUGGGGCACCUCAGAGGUUCAGUGUGCUCGGUGUGGACGGAGGGUGUCCAGAGCUUCCGGUCGCCACCAUGAACUUCAGUGUGGACACCCUUUUUGUGAACUGUGCUUGUUAGUACCUGAAGAAUACAGCACAAUUAAAUGCCCCAAUUGUGAGGUUGCUACACCUAUAAAUAUGAGACAAGGAUACUACCCAGUAGAUGGAUAUAUUAAAGAAGAUUCUUCUAUGGACAAAUUGCAACCGAAAAUGAUAAAGAAUUGUUCUCCAGACUUUAAAAGAACGGGUGAUCAGCUAACUGUUGGUUUAGAACAUUCAACCUCCAUACACAGGACUGUUCUGAGCUCAUCAGCUAUAACGUCGGAGACUAAAAUUACAGAAGAAAUUGAUGAAGCAUUGAAGAUAGCAGGCUAUAAUUUUGAACAAUUAAGUAUUGCUCUAAAAAUGCUUGAUUGUACACAGAAUAAAACAAAAAAGGAGACAAACAGUCUUAUAGAGGUUGUGGAGAAACAAUUUGAUAAACUUUUUGCUUCUCUUGAUUCCAGGAAAAAGAACUUGUGUGAAGAACUUGUAAGAAAUACAGAUGAUUAUUUAUCAAACUUAAUGAUGGCUAAAAGCUACAUUGAGGGGAAAAAAAAUGAUUUGGAUGCAGCCAUGAAGAUAGCAAGAGAAUUAAAAUCAGCACCUUCUCUUAGGACAUACUGUGACCUGACUCAGAUUAUCCGGACUUUGAAGUUAACAUUUGAGAGUGAAUUGUCACAAGUUAAUUCUCUAAAACCAAGGAACCCUCCCAGGUUGAAUAUGAAUUGCAGUGAGAUCAUCUGCAUGUUCAACAGUAUGGGAAAGAUUGAGUUUGAGGACUCAACAAAAUGUUAUCAAGAAAAUGAAAUUGGACAAAAUGUUCAAAAGAAACAUAAUAAUAAAAAGGAACUUUCUUAUGAUACAUACUCAUCACUAGAAAAGAAAAAGACUGAUAUCUCUGUCCAAACUAGUGAAGCAUCUGCACCUCCUUUGCAACUGGAAACUGGCGAUGAAUAUGUCGAGCCACAGAAAGAGAUGGUUACAGUGAUGUCCCCCAAAACCAUUGCUGUGCUACCUCAAAUGGGAUCUAGCCCUGAUGUGAUAAUUGAAGAAAUUAUUGAGGAAAACCUGGAAUAUUCUCCAGAGCUAGUUUUUGUAAGCCAUGUAAUACAUCCUUGCCAUUUCUACAUCCGGAAGUAUUCACAAAUAAAAGAUGUGACAGUAUUGGAAAAGAAGGUGAAUCAAAUUUGCAAUAAGAGUUUACACCUUGAUCCUUCAGACAUUUUGGAGCUAGGUGCAAGAAUAUUUGUCAACAGUAUUGAAAAUGGAAUGUGGUGUCGAGGAACUAUCACUGAAUUAAUUCCAAUAAAAAGUAAAAAUAUUAGAAAACCUUGUAGUCCAACCAAAUUCUCAGUCCGUGAAGUUGCACUAAUACAAGUAUUCAUGGUAGAUUUUGGAAAUUCUGAAGUCCUAAUUGUCACAGGAGUUGGUGACACUUGCGUGAGGCCAGAGCACGUCGCUGAGCAGCAUAUUGCACUGAAUGAUCUAUGUCUGGUUCUAAGGAAGUCUGAACCAUAUAUUGAAGAGUUGUUGAAAAACAUCCCACCAUUAGCCCACCCAUGCUCCUUGAAAGACAUUGUUCCACAUAAUUCAACUGAAGGCUGGGAAGAGGAAGCUAAAGUAGAAUUUUUGAAAAUGGUAAAUAACAAGGCUGUUUUAAUGAAAGUGUUUAGAGAAGAAGAUGAUGUGCUUAUUGUAGAUCUGCAGAAACCACCAACAAAUAAAAUAAGCAGUGAUAUGCCUGUGUCCCUUAGAGAUGCAUUAGUUUUUAUGGAACUAGCAAGGUUUCGGUCACAAUCACCAAGAAGUCACACUGAAAAAAAUAUGACUCUACACUAUCAUCCACCUAUUUUGCCUAAAGAAAUGACAGAUGUUUCCGUUAUGGUUUGUCAUAUAAAUAGUCCUGCAGAUUUCUAUCUUCAGUUG